AUGUUAUCGUCGGCCUUUGUCUUUGUCCUACUAGGCCUCGGCCAUGUGGCCUCCGCUAUCCCACAAGCCAAUUAUUUGAUCCCCCGUCCUCCAGCAACCGAAACUGUGACUUCAUUGAUCGAAGUAACCAACGAAGUUACUGUCACAGUUUGCGGUUCUCAAUGCGCCACCACGAUAACCGUGACUGAGAGUGCGCCGCACUCGCACGCUUGCGGUCCACCCAGCUCCAGCUCCAAGCCCACGACAUUGACCUCGGCGACUUUGCCAUGGAUCAGUAUUCCACCUCGGUCCUCUUCUUCGACAAAUUAUGUCAUCUCGAAUUCCGAUAGAUCAUAUUCGUCUACCCUCAAGGGUACCGGCUCUUCUUCAGCGUCUGUUACCAAGACUACCGUCGUCGGUACAACCGUGGUCUCCCAGCUGCCCAGUGCCGGGACGCUGACUUCUACAUCCACUUGGAGAGCUAAUAACACAUUAACCAAGUCCCUUUCACUCAGUCUCACCUACAUCACGGGGACCGGCACUAUUGGUACCAUCAGCAGGCUGUACCCUUCUUCUAGCGUUUGGAGCAAUACCACACGCAGUUUUUCCAAAACUCGAACCGGGGCUACCACCACCAAUGUGGUCUUGCCGACCGCCACCGUCUCGACACUCUCAUCCAUCUCAUCUGUUGCUGAGACGACCUCUGCUCCUUGCACCACUUACGGCUGUCCCUCUUACACAACCCUCACAUACACCACAGUCAUCAACACCACCGUUUCGGACCAACUACCUGGCGCCAGCACUCUCUUGACAGGCGGUACGCGUUCCGCCUCCCGUACCACCCUUAGGUCUACGAUCGUAGUCACGGUGACUCGCAGCGUUCCUUCGAGUACUGGUACUGCCUAUAGCUCAUCAAGCUUUGGCACAUUUGUUUCCAGUAGAUACUCUUCCAAACUAACUCGCACCAGUUCGAUCAGGCUGUCUGCCACUCUGAGUUACGGCACCACAACUACUGCGUCUUCCGCCCGAACGUAUACCACUUCCCGGGCCAGCAUGGAAUCCACUUCUGAUUCCACCGCAAUUAGUACUCCAGAAUCCUCCGCCAGAGCCAUUCCUUGCACAUCCCAUGCCGAAAGCACCUCUUCCGCCGUCUCUUCCCUGAGAACCACCGUUCAAAGCGCCCUGCCAUCUACUGUUACUUCUUCAAGCUCCAUUUCUGGGAGUUACGAGUACACCGUUUCAUCCUCAAAAGCAACCAUCCAAAGCGCGAAGCCAUCGGUCGUGACUGUCAGUACUGCUAUCACAGGAGGCUACGAUGACUUCCCGACGCCCUCUCCAAAAACAACUGUCAAUAGCGCCAAACCAUCCCUUGUGACCAGCAUCCCAGGUGGCUAUGAAUAUCCGUCAGCCUCCGGCGAUUUGAGCUCGACUAAGCAUGACCACUCUACCCGCACGCCCGGAACCACAGUAGAGAGUGCUUUGCCCUCUCUGGUUACACCCUCAUCGGCCCGGUUGUCAAGCAGCCCCACCACAUUCGUAACCCAAACAAACGGAGAGUCUCUGACCAGCUCAGUCUCAAUCCCAGGAGGUUAUGAACUCAAUCACUAG